AUGUACAUCUCUCCCGAUGAAGUACUGAACCGUGUAACAUCUAUGUUGGGUGCAACAUGCACGGGGUUCACCGUGGAGUUUGGUGGUGACAGGGAAAAAGAAAUGAUGCCACCAGAUGCGAUUGUGGAACUCAUUGAUUUGCAAUCUUUGCCGGAUCAUUCAGAGACUAUUAAUAGUGAUUUGGUGAUGGGAGGUGUAAAAGAACGCCAAAAGCCCUCUGAAGAACUACAACAGGCUCAGAUGAGAAAGGAGUUAGCCAUGGAGGCUUAUUUUUAA